AUGGAUUUGGCUGCAACGCGCCGCGGUACGGAGACUGGGCGGCGGCGGCACGGCCCGCACUUCACUGUCAUCAUCGUCGGCGAGGUGUUCAGCGCGCCCGCCCACCCGCUCUCGCCCGUGGCGCCCGCCGACGACCUCCCCUUCGCGCUGCUGCCCAUCUGCAACACGCCCAUCAUCGACUACAUCCUCGAGAACCUCGCGCAGAACGGCGUCGACGAGGUGUGCAUCCUGCUCAACGCCGCGUCGGUGCAGCAGGUGCGCGAGCAUCUGCAGAACAACCUCACCGCGCGCGGCCGGCCGUGGCUGGAGAGCAAGGACAUGAAGGUGGAGAUCGUCGAGAGCGUGCGCACCAUGACGCAGCUCUACGACGCCACCGCGGAGAUCGUCGACCACAACCUCGUCGGGCAGAACUCGUCGUUCCUCUUCGUCCCCAUCGACGCGGUUGCGCAAUUCACAAACCUGCGCGACCUCUUCCACGCGCACGUGCACCGCACCAAGACGAUCAAGGGCCAUGCGGCGACGCUGCUGUGCACCUCUGUCAGGGCCUCCCUCGUCGACACGCUGCACGACGUCCUCGUCAGUAACGCGCGCGCGCAGGCCGAGCGUGACGGGUCGCAGCUGCUGGAGCGUGAGGGCUCCAUCAUAUUGGCGCCUGCGGAAGAGUGGCGCCUCUUCUCCGCAUCGGAGCUGCCGCCGCACCAUCUGACGAUGCUCACGCUGCAGAAGUCCACCGGCGUGGUGCACGGCAUGGUGCGGCUCGAGCCGCGCGAGGAGCCGGCGGAUCCCACGGUGGUGGAGUUCAAGAAGCAGCAGCACUACUCUGUGCGCACCGACCUGUUGCCCACCGGCUUCCUCUUCUGCUCCGGUGGCGCGUUGUCGCUCUUCACGUUUCACAUGGCAGACCAGCACGCAUUCUUAGUCGACCUCUUGGCGAAGCAGGAGCUGUGGGGCAACGUCUUCAGCGUGCUGGAGGUGACGCCGUCAAUGGGCCUCGUGCAGCCCAUCAACAGCCUCAGGGCAUACAUUCAGGCGAACAUUGAUGUCUGCUUCCGCCGCUUCUUCCCCCUCACGCGGGAGUUCCCCUUCGCCGAUGACCGCGACCGCUACGCGGUGUCGCCGCAGUGCCAGAGUGUCUACCUGCACCAGAUUGGGGCGAAGGUGCUGUCGAACACUUGCGAGCCGUGCGUUGUUGUGGGCGAACAAGUGGAGGUGCCGCCCAACACGGUCGUGCGGGGGACGGUGUUCGGAAAGGGCGUGCGCAUUGGCGAGGGCUCUGUUAUCAUUGGCUGUAUUGUGCUGGAAGGGGCGAGGGUGGGGUGCGGGUGCGUCCUGCGCCACUCCCUCAUUGGCCGCAGCGUCAUUGUCGGCGACAGGGCAGAGGUGGUGAACUCCAUCGUCGGCGAAGGCUGCGUCCUUGGGACAAUAAAAGGCCGCAACGGCAAGUCCUGCACCAGCGGCAGCAGCGAGGCGGUGGGUGUGGUGGUGCGGGAUCAGGCCAUCGUCGCGUGUGCCGCGGCGCAGACUGAGCCGUGGCUCGCCGCCCACAACGGCUGCGGCAGAGUGCUGCAGGAGCGGUACGUCAGCAACAUUGUCCCCACGCGCGAGCUCUUUGUGCGGGAUCCCAUCCCGCGUGCCGCCAGCGAGGCGACCGGCGACUACGACGACGAUGAUGACGAUGAGGAAACGGCGGCGAAGUUCAAGGAGGCCGUGCUGGCGCUCGUGGAUCAGGCGCUGAAGCAGCCGUCCCGCAUCGAGCACUGCAUGUUCCAGAUGAAGACCGUCCGCCUCUCCUUCGAGCGCAAGAACCGCGACCUGUGCUACGUCGUGACGGAGCGGCUGCUGACGCACGUGCUGGAGAAGCACGCCGACAAGGGAGACCCGCGCGUUGUUGUGAAGGCGGCGGAGGACCUCUUUGUGCAGUGGUGCCGCCCAUUCUACAGCGACAUCGUGACUGGCGAUGAUGAAAUGCAGGCAAUGCUGGAGGCGACGUGCACGGCCAUCCGCGACCCCAGCUGCCCGCUGCACCUGCGCGGCCCGGUGCUGAUGGAGUGCCUCUACAACGGCUGCGACGACGAUCUCUACGACGAGCGCGGGUACUGCAUCGUCAGCGGCCAGUCGCUCGUGGAGUUCAGCGAGCGGAUGUCCAGCUUGGCGCGGCAGCGCGCACGCGAUGUCGACUCUGACUCCGAUUUCGACGACGACGACGACGACGAUGACGCGGAUUCCCGCGAGGAGGGCAUGCUGCGUGUGGCGCGCAGCUGCGAGCCGUUCAUCGCCGGCGUGCGUGCGUUCCUCGAGGAGGAGGAGGAGGAGGAGGACUACGAGUGA